AUGGUUUCGUUGGUUGACUUAGCUGUGCAGUUCAUCUUGGUAGCUUUGGUGAUCUUGGCGCUGCCGCUGCUGCCUGGCGGCGUUGCAUUGACGCCGCCUCCGCAGGUGGUGCUGCUUCCGGUAGCAAUAGUGUGGGCCUUCCUGGCGGCGCUGUCGGUCGGCCUGCCGCUCGCGGCGCUUAAUGUCGAGUUUCGCGAUGUCCGUUAUGUGAUACCGUUCAUCACUCAAUUUGCGAUCUUCGCGGCCCCUGUCUUUUGGCCGGCAAGCCGUCUGCCAGACGGAUGGCGCGAAGUCUACGGGCUGCUACCCGUCGCCGCGCCGAUCGAGUUCUUCCGCUGGUGCGUCCUCGACACACCCGCACACCCCGGUAUGUGGGCCGUCGGCGCCAUCAGCACCUUCGUCUGCCUGGGAGUGGGGCUGGCAUACUUCGCGAGAAUGGAGGACCGGUUCGCCGAUGAGUACCACGUCGGCGCCGCCAGCACUGGCGGUCGCUUCAGCUAUCAGUCGCUCGGCGAGCGACUGACCGGGGCGCUUCGCAACCCGCUGCGAGCCGCCGCCGGACAGUUUUUGGGCCCUCAAGAACGUGUCNNGCGCCGCGGCGAUGUGGUCGGCGUCAUCGGCCGUAACGGCGCCGGAAAGAGCACGCUGCUCAAGAUCCUGUCGCAGAUAACCCGCCCCACCGAGGGCCAGAUCGAGGUCCGCGGCCGAGUCGGGUCGCUGCUCGAGGUCGGCACCGGGUUUCAUCCCGAGCUGACGGGGCAAGAGAAUAUCUUCCUCAACGGCGCGAUCCUCGGGAUGACGCAACGCGAGGUGCGGGCCAAGUUUGAUGAGAUCGUGGCGUUCAGCGAGGUCGAACGGUUCCUCGCCACCCCAGUGAAGCAUUACAGCUCUGGGAUGUACACGCGGCUAGCCUUCGCGGUGGCCGCCCACCUCGACCCGGAGAUCCUAGUGGUCGACGAGGUACUGUCGGUGGGCGACGCGGCGUUUCAGAAGAAAAGCUUGGGAAAGAUGCAGGACGUAGCGUCGAGCGGCCGGACGGUGCUGUUCGUAAGCCAUAACAUGGCGGCAGUGAAACAGCUCUGCACCCAAGGAGUCGUUCUCGAGAGAG